UCAACAUCGCACUUGCAGGUCGGGUCUCGAUUCUCGAUUCUCGAUCGGAUGCAAAGCUCAGUUAUGCUUCGAUUGCUCGUUUGUUUGUGGCUACUGGUGCACAGUGGUUCCAGCUUUGAGGUGCAAAACAAACCCGUCACGGAAGAUUGCCUAGACUGCCUGUGCGAAACAAUGAGUGGCUGCAAUGCAUCCGCAAUUUGCGUGAAUGGGGCCUGCGGCAUAUUCCGGAUCACUUGGGGCUACUGGGUGGAGGCGGGCAAACUGACUUUGCCCACAGACACAGCCCUCUCCGAAGAAGCCUUUACGAACUGCGUGAAUCAGCCCCACUGUGCAGCCAACACGGUUCAGAACUAUAUGUUCAAGCAUGGCCAGGAUUGCAAUGGAGAUGACCACAUCGACUGCCUGGAUUUUGGAGCUCUCCACAAGCUGGGCAAUCUGAAGUGCCAGGAAGAGUUGCCCUACAUCUUCGCCAAGGUCUUCAAUCGAUGUCUGAAAUCCAAGGAGCGAUUGGCUGAGGGAAAGAUCAUCAAAGAGCAGGAAACGGUGGUGUCAACAUAAUUGAUUCUUUAUUGGGUUUCUGCGUUUCUGCCCCACUUCUCGGGGAUAUCUUUGUCUGUUUUUAAAACAAUCCUGGUAACACAUAUACACGUACAUACAUCGAAA